AUGUCCAAUCAUCCAUACGGCCAUAGUGACUACCAAGGCGAUCCUCAGUACAAUGCCGGUUCGUAUUAUCAAGAUGAUCAGAACUAUGACAACACGGGUUACGCGCACGGCCAAGAGGAUGUAGACGGUAGAGCGGGAUAUUAUGACGCAUCAGGCUAUUACACAGCCGACUCUAGCAAUCCGUACCAUCAAGAUGGUGGCUACUACGAUGGUUAUGACCAACAUCAAGAUGCCUACUACUCUCAACAUGGUGGUGGCCAUGAUUACUACUAUGAUCAGGGAGGAAGCGAGGCAGAUUUUAGGUCGGACAGAGAAUCUGAGGCCUUUGACGACUUCAGCCGUGGCCCUUAUGCUUCACCUCGGGCAUUUCAUGACAGUCGUCAAUCGGGCACAACGACUCCCAACUACGACAUGUCAUACGACCACCAGCUUAACGCCGGUCGACUUUCUAGAGAACCUUAUCCAGCAUGGACGGACGAACUGCCAAUUCCACUAUCCAAGGAAGAAAUUGAAGACAUCUUUCUCGACCUGACAAACAAGUUCGGCUUUCAACGUGACAGCAUGCGAAAUAUGUACGACCAUCUCAUGACACUUCUUGAUUCACGCGCCUCCCGUAUGACACCGAAUCAAGCUGUCCUGUCGCUCCAUGCAGACUAUAUUGGUGGUGAUCACGCCAACUAUCGAAAGUGGUAUUUCGCCGCCCACUUAGACCUGGACGAUGCGGUCGGCUUCGCCAAUAGCAAAAUCUUGAGCUCCCGACGCAAAACCAAAAAGAACAAAAAGAAGAAAGGCAGCGUUGAAAACGCACAAGAUGACGAAUAUGAAGACGAAGACAACAGCCUCGAAGCCGCAGAGUUUCGCUGGAAAACGCGCAUGAGCCGCAUGUCCCAGCACGACCGUAUUCGCCAAAUUGCGCUCUACUUGUUAUGCUGGGGUGAAGCAAACCAGGUCCGCUUCAUGCCGGAAUGUUUGUGUUUCAUCUUCAAGUGCGCGGACGACUACUUCAAUUCCCCGGCCUGCCAACAAAUCGUGGAGCCUGUUGAUGAACUGGAAUUCCUGAAUAACGUUAUCACGCCUUUGUACCAAUAUAUCCGCGAUCAAGGCUACGAGAUCCAGAACGGUGUUUAUGUUCGUCGGGAGCGCGAUCAUAGCCAUGUAAUCGGAUACGAUGAUUGCAACCAACUAUUUUGGUAUCCUGAUGGCAUUCAACGAAUUGUUCUGCAGGAUAAGACGAAACUAAUUGACUUCCCUGUCGCGGAACGGUACCUGAAGCUAAAGGAGGUUAACUGGAAAAAGUGCUUCUUUAAAACCUAUAAGGAAUCGCGGUCUUGGUUCCAUCUCUUGGUUAACUUUAACCGCAUUUGGAUCAUUCAUUUGACAAUGUUUUGGUUCUAUACGGCAUAUAAUUCGCCUUCACUUCUUGUUGGUCCAUCAUAUCAGCAGCAGUUAAACCAGCAGCCUGCAUCUUCCAAAAUGUUGGCUGCUGUAUCGCUCGGUGGUGGAAUUGCUUCGUUUAUUCAAAUCGCCGCAACAUUGGCCGAAUGGAGCUAUGUGCCACGUCAAUGGUCCGGUGCACAGCAUUUAACCAAACGACUGCUGUUUCUGAUUUUCAUCUUUAUUCUUAACGUUGCCCCUGCGGUGAAGGUGCUCCAAUUCCCUACCACAGUAAAAGACGUCGACGUUGAUUACAUCAUCGGUAUUGUCAACUUCAUCAUCGCCAUCUUCACUUUUCUUUUUUUCUCAAUCAUGCCUUUGGGUGGCCUGUUUGGCAGCUAUCUCUCAGGGGGGUCGAGGAGAUAUAUCGCCAGCCAGACUUUUACAGCAAGUUGGCCUAGGCUCAAGGGGAAUGAUAUGGCCAUGUCGGUUGGCUUAUGGCUCAUCGUUUUCGGCAUCAAAUUUGGAGAAUCAUACGUCUUCUUAACCCGGUCGUUUCGGGACGUCAUUCUAUAUCUAUCCAUCUUUCGUCCAAGGUGUUUAGGCGACACGAUAGUCGGCACGAUUCUCUGUGAAAAUCACCCCUACUUCUUGAUGGGCUUGAUGGCACUUACGGACAUGAUUUUCUUCUUCCUCGAUACUUACCUCUGGUAUGUGCUUGCGAAUACUGCUUUUUCCAUCGCAAGGUCAUUCUACAUCGGCUCUUCUCUCUUAACGCCAUGGCGAAAUAUCUUUUCUCGCCUCCCCAAACGUAUUUACUCCAAGAUCCUCGCGACAGCAGAUAUGGAGAUCAAAUACCAGCCGAAGAUUCUCAUCUCGCAAGUGUGGAAUGCCGUCAUCAUUUCCAUGUACCGUGAGCACCUGCUAUCUAUCGACCACGUACAGAAACUGCUCUAUCAUCAAGUUCCCUCUGAGCAGGAAGGCAAGAGGACCCUUCGGGCGCCAACCUUUUUUGCCUCCCAGGAAGAUCAUUCAUUCAAAACAGAGUUCUUCCCUACGCACAGCGAGGCAGAAAGGCGGAUAUCAUUUUUUGCACAGUCAUUGUCCAUGCCCAUUCCAGAGCCAGUUCCUGUCGAUAACAUGCCGGUGUUUACUGUCAUGAUUCCACACUAUAGUGAGAAGAUCUUGCUUUCGCUUCGAGAAAUCAUCCGCGAAGAUGAACCAUAUUCACGCGUUACGCUUCUAGAAUAUCUCAAACAGCUCCAUCCGCAUGAGUGGGACUGCUUUGUUAAAGAUACCAAGAUUCUCGCGGACGAAGCAACUCCUGGCCGCGAGGACAACGAAGCCGAAGCGGUCCGUAACAAGAUCGAUGAUUUGCCAUUCUACUGCAUUGGAUUUAAGUCGUCUGCCCCCGAAUACACGCUUCGGACGCGUAUAUGGGCUUCUCUCCGCUCCCAGACCUUGUACCGCACUGUAUCGGGUUUCAUGAACUACAGCCGCGCAAUCAAGCUGCUGUACCGCGUUGAGAGCCCCGAGGUUGUCCAGAUGCUGCAAGGAAGUCCAAAUGUAUUAGAGCGAGAGUUGGAACGCAUGGCGCGCCGCAAGUUCAAGAUUAUCGUGUCAAUGCAACGGUAUUCCAAGUUCAAGAAGGACGAAAUAGAAAACGCUGAAUUCUUACUCCGGGCAUAUCCAGACAUCCAGAUUGCUUACUUGGAUGAGGAACCACCAGAGACAGAAGGCGAGGAGCCACGGAUCUAUUCUGCCCUUGUUGACGGCCAUUCGGAGAUCAUGGAGAAUGGGAUGCGACGUCCAAAAUUCCGGAUCCAACUUUCCGGUAACCCCAUUCUAGGUGACGGCAAAUCCGAUAACCAGAAUCAUUCUCUAAUAUUCUACCGAGGCGAAUACAUCCAACUCAUCGACGCAAAUCAGGAUAACUAUCUUGAAGAAUGUCUCAAGAUUCGAAGUGUGCUUGCAGAAUUCGAGGAACUCAAGAUGAGUACUGCUUCGCCUUACACACCCGGUGUCGACCAUGAAGAUAAGCAUCGCGCACCUGUCGCUAUCCUGGGAGCUAGAGAGUAUAUCUUUUCAGAGAACAUCGGCAUCCUUGGCGACGUCGCAGCAGGCAAGGAGCAGACAUUCGGCACGUUAUUUGCUCGUACUCUGGCACAAAUUGGUGGCAAGCUUCACUACGGUCACCCUGACUUCCUUAAUGGCAUUUUCAUGACGACCCGCGGUGGUGUGUCAAAGGCUCAAAAGGGACUCCAUUUGAACGAGGAUAUUUUCGCAGGCAUGAACGCCGUCAUUCGAGGUGGCCGUAUCAAGCAUUGCGAGUAUUUUCAAUGUGGCAAGGGGCGAGACUUGGGCUUUGGAUCAAUCCUCAACUUUACGACUAAGAUCGGUACUGGUAUGGGCGAGCAGAUGCUUUCGCGGGAAUACUACUAUCUUGGCACCCAGUUGCCCCUAGAUAGGUUCCUGUCGUUCUAUUAUGCCCACCCCGGCUUUCACAUUAACAACAUGUUCAUCAUGUUGUCUGUACAGCUAUUUAUGCUCUGCUUGGUCAACUUUGGUGCGUUUCGGUACGAAACCGUUGCUUGCGAGUAUAACUCCAAGAAACCCCAAACGGACCCGUUAUACCCAACCGGUUGUGCGAACACCGAUGCCAUCAUGGACUGGGUGUCCCGCUGCAUUCUGUCCAUCUUCGUUGUCUUCUUCCUGGCUUUUAUACCACUUGUGAUGCAGGAGCUCACAGAACGCGGAUUCUGGCGUGCUUUCACCCGCUUUGUCAAGCAGCUAGGAUCACUAUCACUCUUCUUUGAAGUCUUCGUGACCCAAAUCUACGCCAAUUCCAUCCAACAGGAUCUGUCAUUUGGCGGCGCGCGAUACAUUGGAACUGGUCGUGGCUUUGCUACAGCCCGCAUUCCCUUUGGAGUGUUGUAUUCUCGAUUUGCAGCACCUUCCUUGUACUUUGGUGCCCGACUGCUAAUAAUGUUACUUUUUGCUACCGUGACUAUUUGGCAGGCGGCCUUGGUUUACUUCUGGGUUACUCUGCUUGCGCUCACCAUCUCGCCCUUCUUAUUCAACCCGCAUCAGUUCGCUUGGGAUGAUUUCUUCAUCGACUACCGCGAUUUUCUGCGCUGGCUAUCUCGGGGCAACUCUAGACACCAUGGCCAGUCCUGGAUUGCAUUCUGUCGGCUAUCACGAACUAAAAUUACCGGAUACAAACGCAAAGCCCUCGGCGAGGCUUCGGCCAAAAUGUCAGCCGACGUUCCUCGCGCCGCUAUCACAAACAUCUUUUUUACGGAAAUCCUCAGUCCACUCUUCCAGGUUGCGUGGACUCUCAUACCGUAUCUGUUUAUAAAUGCACAGACUGGCGUGGAGAGCUACAACAACACCAAGCAAGGGGACAGCAAGUACCGGAUCGCGACAUCGUCCCUCAUCCGGGUCCUAGCGAUUGCCUUGGCGCCCAUUGCCAUAAACGCCGGAAUCCUCGCCGUGAUGUUCGGCAUGGCCUGUUGCAUGGGUCCCCUUUUGAGUAUGUGCUGCAAAAAGUUUGGCAGCGUCCUGGCUGCUAUAGCACAUGCUUUGGCAGUGAUUUUCAUGCUUGUCGCUGUUGAAGGCAUGUACUUCCUAGAGGGGUGUGACUUCGCGAGGACCCUGGCUGGUAUUAUUGCUGUGAUCGCGCUGCAGCGGUUCGUCUUUAAGCUAAUUGUUUCGGUUGCUCUGACGCGAGAAAUGAAGACGGAUCAGUCAAACGUGGCGUUCUGGACCGGAAAGUGGUAUUCUAUGGGCUGGCACUCACUCUCACAGCCAGGAAGAGAAUUUCUAUGCAAGAUCACUGAACUGAGCAUGUUUGCUGCGGACUUUAUCCUCGGCCAUUGGCUCAUGUUCAUAAUGGUACCGAUUAUUGCUAUUCCCAAGGUCGAUAAGCUUCAUUCCAUGAUGCUGUUCUGGUUGAAGCCAAGUCAGCAAAUCCGAGCACCAAUCUACACGAUGAAGCAGUCCCGGCUGAGGCGCAGACGGGUUAUCCGUUAUGCAAUCCUUUACUUUGUGCUUCUAGUCGUUUUCGUAGGACUGCUCGUCGGGCCUGUUGCCGUGCGCAAGGCCCUCGGGGACGAUAAGUUUAAACAGUUCUGGGGCAACCUGGCGAUUGGCCAUAAGGCUGACAAUCCGACGAGCGGCGGGAUGAUCUUGAUGCAGCCGAACUUCCUGAGCAACCAGAACACGAAUGCAAGCACGGUGACGGGCACUGCGGCAGAUGGGUAUACUUUCCCGUCUGGCUAUGGUCCGUCGUCGUCUACUGGUGCGAAGGCAGAUUCUACAUCUUAG